CUACAUUCCAGCCAAGCCCUAACUACUGCACACCCAACAUCAGACACAGACAUCAUGAUCAUCAAAAACAAAAUGUCAUCUCUACUCUCCCUCAUACUGCUACUCAGCAACAUAAACUUCUCCACUGCCGACAACCCCAUCGUCCAAACCAUCUACACCGCAGACCCAGCCCCCCUCAUCCACAACAACCGCUUCUACCUCUUCACCGGCCACGACGAAGACGCCUCCACCACCUUCAACAUGCUCGACUGGCGCCUCUUCUCCUCGUCCGACAUGGCAAACUGGCAGCACCACCGCUCGCCCAUGUCGCUCGACACAUUCAGCUGGGCCACCACCCAAGCCUGGGCGGGACAGGUUAUCCCACGCAAUGACAAAUUCUACUUCUACGUCCCUGUACGACAUGGCGAAACUGACAGCAUGGUCAUUGGGGUAGGCGUUAGCGAUACCCUCGAGGGGCCCUAUGAAGAUGCAAUUGGGAGUCCGCUACUUGGGAAUAACGAGAUCGACCCGACGGUUUUCAUCGACGAUGACGGGCAGGCUUAUCUGUAUUGGGGGAAUCCGAAUCUAUGGUACGUCAAGUUGAAUGAGGAUAUGGUGUCGUAUAGCGGCGAGAUUACCCAGGUGGAUUUGACAACUGAGGGAUUCGGGACGAGGCCUGAGCCUACGGAGGAACGGCCGACUGCGUUUGAAGAGGCGCCGUGGCUUUAUAAGCGCGAUGGGCUGUAUUAUAUGGUUUAUGCGGGCUCGAGCUGCUGUCCUGAGAAUAUCCAGUACUCGACGGGACCCUCGGCGACGGGGCCGUGGAGCUAUGGGGGUGUUGUUAUGGAGUCUGCGAGUACGAGUAGUACCAAUCACCCCGGAAUUGUGGAUUAUGGGAAUGUGUCUUAUUUUGCAUACCAUAAUGGGGAGCUGCCUGGUGGAGGGAGCUUUACGCGGUCUGUUGCGGUUGAGAGCUUCGAGUAUAACGAGGAUGGGUCGAUUCCUGUGCUGCAGAUGACGGAGGACGGACCGGAGCAGGUGGCGGCUUUGGAUCCUUUUGUGAGGCAGGAGGCGGAGACUAUGGCGUGGUCGGAGGGGAUUGAGACGGAGGAGUGUAGUGAGGGUGGGUUGAAUGUUUGUGAUAUCAACAAUGGGGACUAUAUCAAGGUUAGGGGUGUUGCUUUUGGUGAUGGUGCAGAAUCGUUCAGUGCGAGUGUGGCAUCUGCGACUGAUGGAGGAGAUAUUGAGCUGCGGCUGGACAGUGAGGAUGGUCUGCUUAUUGGAACUUGUACAGUGGUUGGGACAGGGGACUGGCAAGAGUGGACGACGGUGGACUGUCCUGUUGAGGCUACAGGGACCCAUGACCUGUUUUUCAAGUUUGUCGGUGCUGGUGAUGGUUUUCUGUUGAAUUUUGACUGGUGGCAGUUUGAGUAGAGCACUCAAUAUAAUGUGGAGGUAGAUUUGGCUUAUGUUGGAAAAAGAACAGGAUAUAAUAUAUCAACGAUUCCCUCCAGCUGAAAGCGUGAUACCACUGACUGAAGGUAUAGGUGGAGAACCCAUAUCGACUGCAUUAAUCGUCAAGGUAAAUACCGUUUGACAGUAUCUCCGCAUUAGGGAAGCAGUUCCGAGCUUGGAAGAGAUUCUUUGUUUGAUCAGCCAGGAUAUCAAUCUCGUGUAACGACCACCGUUGAGCUGAUGCCUCACGACUCGUCAUAAAGAGGGUGUUUUGGAAACCUGCUAGUAUAUAUACCUGAGUAUCCUAGAUAUAUUUCAUUUACUU